UGUCCCCCCAUGCCCCCAGGUGUUGUGCAUGAUCACAGCCCCCGUCACGAUGAUCGUCAGUAGUCAACAAGAUGCUGCCUUCGCCUUCGCCUCCCUCGCUGUCGUCUUCUCCGUCUACAUCACCCUGGUGGUCCUCUUCGUCCCCAAGAUGCGCAGGUUGAUAACCCGUGGGGAGUGGCAGUCGGAGCAACAGGACACCAUGAAGACCGGCUCCUCCACCAACAACAAUGAUGAAGAGAAGUCACGUCAACUGGAGAAAGAGAACAGGGAGCUGGAGAAGAUCAUCGCUGAGAAGGAGGAGAGGAUCUCGGAGCUGCGGCAACAACUAUACGAGCGGCAGCAGCUGCGGUCUAGACGGCGGGCGUCCACAGCAGCCAAGGACAACUACACGGACAACCACUACAACAGCAACACUGGCCCCGUCUCCUCCCUGUACCAGCCCAACAUGCCCCUGGUCAAAGCCCUCCUGCCCACCCAGCAGCCCGACAAGAUGGCCCGCAACAACUGUGAGGGCAGCAGAGUCCACCUGCUCUACAAGUGACCUCCUCCAUCUCCAUCUCCCACCCCCCCAUCUCCCUUCCUCGCCCCCCCCUCCAUCUCCCACUCCU